UCAAGUAAACGACAUUUCCCAGAAUGCGCCGCGGCUUCUAGUGACAUCCACGCCACGACGAGCUGAAACGGUUAUUUACGUCCCGAUGUUACGAACUUGGUCCCCUGACCUGAGCUCUAACCACUGUUACACCUGAGUUAAGGCGCUGCCCCUAGUUUGUUGUCCUCCGGAGUCACCCCUGGACUGACGCCAUAAGCCAGACCGGCUUGGUUUUCGGUGAGUCAAUUGCUAUGCUAUCAUCGGUUCCCACCAGGCUAUUUGCGCGAAGGUCGCGCAGCCUGUCACCGUGCAGUCGCGUGCUUCAGACCAGCGCCAGCGGUGGCGCGUGCCAGGGCAUCCGCGAGACUCCGGCGGAGGCCAAGCGCAACCCCAUCGUGUCCACUUCCAGGGUCUCCAGGAGGGGGAUUUUGGCUGAGGAGACUGCUGGAAACAGCGUGAAACCAUCGAUGCAGUACCACCACCUCGCCCCUAGAUGGCUGUCCAACCUGGAGAAUCGCCGCAGUUCCUGGGCGGCUCUGGCCAGCAGAGGUCGUAACAACAACCAGUACUGGGAGGAAAGCGGCGGAGACAGGGGAACAGGUGGAGGACCCAUGCGGGCAGGAGUAGCCUCUGCCGGUGUCCUCUCUGCUGCGGCCGUGGCCUUCUGUCUGAAGAAAGACCCCGAUAACAAAGAUGAUGCUCUUUUGGAAGCAGCAAGGACCAAUAAUGCUCAGGAUGUAGCCAGGCUGUUAAAAGAGGGGGUGGAUCCGAAUCAUCGCCACCGUCUCGGCUGGACCGCUCUCAUGGUGGCUGCUAUGAAUCGACAGCACAGCGUGGUGAAAGUCUUACUUGAAGCUGGUGCCGACCCAAAUGCCGGUGAUCACUUCAACAAUGUUUACGACACAUCACGGGAGAAAGGGAUCCACUCACUGGAAGUCUUGGUGUCCAGAGAGGACGAGUUCAGCAGCAGGCUGAGCAGCAGGGCUGGUUUCCGUGGCUGCACAGCGCUUCACUACGCUACGCUGGCCGACGACCCACGCGCUGUACGCAUGCUGCUUGAGGCUGGUGCCAGCCCCCUGCAGACCAAUGGUGUGGGACACACAGCACGGGCCUAUGCUAAGGAGGGAGAAGUGAGCACUUUGCUGCAGGAGUGGGAGGGCAAGUUUCUGGAGUUACAGGCUCGACGAGAGGCAGAGGAAAGGAGGAGGUUCCCCCUGGAGAGGAGGCUGAAGGAGCACAUCAUUGGACAGGAGGGGGCCAUCAAUACGGUGGCUUCAGCCAUCAGGAGAAAGGAGAACGGCUGGUACGAUGAAGAACAUCCCCUCGUAUUCCUCUUCCUGGGCUCAUCGGGAAUCGGAAAGACGGAGUUGGCUAAACAGGUGGCUCGUUACAUGCACAAGGACAUUAAAAAGGGUUUCAUCCGCAUGGACAUGUCGGAGUUUCAGGAAAAGCACGAGGUGGCAAAGUUCAUUGGCUCUCCACCGGGAUAUGUGGGACAUGAAGAAGGCGGUCAGCUGACCAAGCUGUUGAGGGCGUGUCCUAACGCUGUUGUCUUGUUUGAUGAAGUGGAUAAGGCCCACCCCGAUGUCCUCACCAUCAUGCUGCAGCUCUUUGAUGAGGGUCGUCUUACAGACGGUAAAGGAAAGACAAUCGAAUGCAAAGACGCCAUCUUCAUCAUGACGUCGAACGUCGCAAGUGACGAGAUAGCCCAGCAUGCAUUGCAGCUCCGCCAGGAAGCCGAGCGGGUCAGCCGCAGGAAGCUGGCCGAUAACCUCGAGGACGUACAGAAAAGUGAUGACAUUAAAAUCUCCAGACAGUUUAAAGAAUCUGUGAUUCGACCAAUCCUGAAGGCUCAUUUCCGGAGGGACGAGUUCCUGGGCCGUAUCAAUGAAAUCGUCUACUUCCUGCCAUUCUGUCACUCAGAGCUGCUACAGCUGGUCAGCAAAGAGCUCAACUUCUGGGCCAAAAAGGCUAAACAGCGGCAUGAUAUCACUCUUCAGUGGGAUCGCCCAGUACUGGACCUGUUAGCAGGCGGCUACAACAUGCAUUAUGGAGCUCGUUCCAUCAAGCAUGAGGUUGAGAGGAGAGUCGUCAACCAGUUAGCCGCAGCGUACGAGCAGGAGCUGCUGCCCAAAGGCUGCACGCUGCGUCUGUCUGUCCAAUCAGAAGGCCAGAAAGAGCACGGCACGCCCAGCCUGCGCCUCGAAGUGGUUGGAGAGGACAGCUCAUCGAGAACGCUGGACAUCCGACCACCACUCAGCCCUGAACACUAACAACAAAGGAUUAAAAAUGCGAGCAUACACUGAACAAAAGAACGUGUUGGAUUUACUUCUUUCAGUAGUGGACAUUAGAUGCACACAGAUGUUUUGCUAUGGCAGCAACUUAAACAGAGUUAAAUUAACACUAGUUAUUCGUAUUCAAUAAACCUGUGCAAUGUGUGUUGAUAAAAUGUGAUUGAAACAUUUUGAUGAAGUAA